UUCCACAUAGUUCCUUUUAGCAUAAAUACUUCCAAAUGUAUAUUACUGUUCCCGAACAUGAUUCCCUUUCAGUUGGUUUUUUCAAGAUCAAGCAAGAUAUUGAAUCUUCCGGUCUCAGGAACUUUGUUAUCGGAUGUUGAAAUCGCAAUCAUAUUUACAAUGGUUGUUUGCUCAGAGUCUACUAAUAUUAGAUAUGAAAGAUCAGAUUGCCAGUGCCACUUUUGAUACAUUCAAGAGCAGACGUGACUCUAUCACGAUGGGGAUAUCACCGUGGGCAACAUUUUUUCUGAUUUUUGGAUGCUGUGUGUUAAGUUGUUGUGCUUUGGAAGUUUCGACUCCGAAUGGGAAGAUUAUUGGAUUUGAUACGCUGAGGACGAGAGAUGGAAGAGUGAUCCACAGUUUCACAGGGAUCCCUUUCGCAAAACCUCCCAUUGGACCUCUCAGGUUCAAGGAGCCACAACCAGCAGAUCCAUGGAAAGAGCCGCUUCAGGCUACAAAUGAUGCCAUCAUGUGUCCACAAGCCGAUUUUGCCAACAUAAGUAAUUACCAACCCCUCGGCCAAGAGGAUUGUCUCGUCCUCCAUGUGUAUUCUCCGAAGGUGGACAGAGCGGCGAAACUCCCUGUAAUGGUCUGGAUACACGGCGGUGGAUUCCAGUGGGGGGCUGGCUCCGUCUACGGGCCAGAGCUACUACUGGAUAAAGAUGUGGUGUUGGUCACCAUUAACUAUAGACUGGGAGCUCUAGGGUUCCUGAGCACUGGCGACAACGCUAUCCCCGCCAAUCUUGGAUUGAAGGAUCAAGCCCUGGCGAUCAAAUGGGUUCAUGACAAUAUCGUUAACUUCGGUGGAAAUCCUGAUUUAGUGACCAUAUUCGGCGAGAGUGCCGGGGGUGGAGCCGUCCAUCUGAAUCUAUUGUCACCACUCAACAAAGGUCGGAUUCAUAGGGUAAUUGCAAUGAGCGGGACUGGAUAUGGUCCGUGGGCAAUCGCACCUCCAAAGUUGGCGAAAGAUAGGACAAAAGCACUGGCUGUAUUGUGCAGCUGUCCCACUGAGCCCUCAAACGAACUCGCUGAAUGCAUGCGGAAGGUCCCAGCUGACGUACUCCUAGAGAUGGGCAAAAAAUUCAAUGACUGGAUCGUUGGUGAUCUUGUUUUCGUACCAACCAUCGAGUCCGAAACGGAAAAUGCUUUCCUUCCGAAAGAAUUAGAUAAGUUGGGAUCCGAAAUUCCUUACAUGACAGGACUAACCUCUGGCGAGGGAGGUAUUUUUGCAUCAAUUAUAUCCAGGGGAGGAAGUAGAUUCGAGAAAGAACUGAAAGAAAAUCCGCAGUAUGUCUUAUCGAAAGCACUGUUGCUGAAGUCAGACUUUCCGAGCGACAAACAUUCAAGUGUAGCAGAGCAAGUUCGGAAAUUUUACUUCGGGGACAAGCCUAUAGAUCUGGAUAAUACAAGUCAAGAAGUCGUCAACAUGUUCACGGAUAGAUGGUUUCUACAUGGCGCCGUGGAAUCGGCUAAGAAGCACCAUGGAGAUGCGUACCUUUAUUUGUACGAUCACCUACACAGCAUUUCUUUCAACGACGUUUUCAGCGGAGGCAGAAUCAAGGGUGUAUCACAUGCAGAUGAUUUACUCGAUAUUUUCCCACUUACCAUGUACUUCCCGGAAAGAAAAUAUACGGAAGAUGAUAUCAAAGUUUCAAGAAAAACUCUUGAUAUAGUAACGGAUUUUGCCAAAAUUGGGAAACUGACCGGUAUUGGCUCAAAGUUGCAGCCAGUAAGAAGAACGGCGAAGACGAAUCAGUACCUACACAUCACGGCAGAGCCGGCAGUGAAAGAGAAUCUAUAUUCGAAAAGAUUGGAGUUCUGGCAGUCAUUGAUAGACGCUCAAUCAGAGGAUACCACAGUGAAUGCCGCCUGGAACACUAUGCCCAAUAUGCUGCUGUGGCUCAUUCCAAUCUCUGUCUGUCUGCUGUGUUACUGUCUGUAAGUGCAGCAAUUACUGUAUGUAAGCGCUGCAGUGGCGGCCGGUAGAGAGGGCCGUCUCUAUAUUCUCUCGGGCGCUGGGCGGGAGGGUUGCAUGGAGAAACACGGCAUGUGUUUCUGACAUUUUCUGGAGCUCUCUCGAAUAACCUAUACGCAACCCGGAAGUAAAAGAAAGCCCCCUCUACAUCCUCGAUACACUUUCUUCAACUCCAUGAGCUAUUGUAUGUAAUAUAAACGCUGAAAUCGGUAUGAAUAUAGCAUAGAAAAAUCUGACAAGUUGAAGAUUUGAUUGGCUUUCUUUUCCAUUAGACCAUGUGGGCUUCAUUGUAAUUUUUGCAAAAUCAUCGACUGCUGUUUUUAUUUUAUACUGUAAAAAUGGAUGAAAUCCCAUGCAACAUUGAAUAAAGACUUUUAUAUUGGUAUUUA